AUGAGCAAUGGAAGCAUCCCACCGAAUGGAAAUGUCAGUAGUCAGACCCACGUAGGGAGCCAGAUUAUAACGGGAAGGUUGUUUGACUCGCGCGGCCUCUGUUCGCCCUUCUGCGGUGCCGAAGCCCAGCCCAGGCUUCAAUGCGCCCCACCCCCAUCCCGUUCCAUCCCCUCGAGGGUCAACCUCCUCCGGUCACGUGGGAAGCCUUGCAGGCGACGAUUGGCUGUGGCGGUUCAGGGGCGGGGCUCGAGGCCCUGUGAGGUUCCGUGCCUCUUGUCGGGCCGCUUGUUUGGCUGGUGCCGUCACCUCAUGGCGACGCGGGUAGAGGAGGCAGCGCGGGGAAGAGGCGGCGGCGCUGAGGAGGCGAUUGAGGCCGGACGGGGCGGACGGCGACGCAGCCCGCGGCAGAAGUUUGUGAUUGGCACAAUGGAAGAAGCUGGAAUGUGCGGGCUAGGGGUGAAAGCGGAUAUGUUGCAUAACUCUCCAUCAAAUGAUAUUCUUCAACAUCAAGACUCAAAUUGUGGUGGCACAAGUAACAAGCAUUCAUUGGAAGAGGAUGAAGGCAGUGACUUUAUAACAAAGAACAGGAGUUUGAUGAGCCCAGCAUACUGCACACAAGAGUCAAGAGAGGAAAUUCCUGGGCGAGAAGCUCGAACAGAUCCCCCUGAUGGUCAGCAAGAUUCAGAGUGCAACAGGAACAAAGACAAAACCUUAGGAAAAGAAGUUUUAUUAUUGAUGCAAGCCCUAAACACCCUUUCAACUCCAGAGGAGAAACUGGCAGCUCUCUGUAAGAAGUAUGCUGAUCUUCUGGAGGAGAGCAGGAAUGUUCAGAAGCAAAUGAAGAUUCUCCAGAAGAAACAAGCCCAGAUCGUGAAAGAGAAAGUUCACUUGCAGAGUGAACACAGCAAGGCUAUCUUGGCAAGAAGCAAACUAGAGUCUCUUUGCAGGGAGCUUCAGCGUCACAAUAAGACGUUAAAGGAAGAAAAUAUGCAGCAGGCACGAGAGGAGGAAGAAAGACGUAAAGAAGCAACUGCACACUUCCAAAUUACUUUAAAUGAAAUCCAGGCACAGCUGGAACAACAUGACAUACACAACGCCAAACUCCGCCAGGAAAACAUCGAACUGGGAGAGAAACUGAAGAAGCUCAUUGAACAGUAUGCACUGAGGGAGGAGCAUAUUGAUAAAGUGUUCAAACAUAAGGAACUGCAACAACAGCUCGUGGAUGCCAAACUUCAGCAGACAACACAGCUGAUAAAAGAAGCUGAUGAAAAACAUCAAAGAGAGAGAGAAUUUUUAUUAAAAGAAGCAACAGAAUCGAGGCACAAAUACGAACAAAUGAAACAGCAAGAAGUACAACUAAAACAGCAGCUUUCUCUUUAUAUGGAUAAGUUUGAAGAAUUCCAGACUACCAUGGCAAAAAGCAAUGAAUUGUUUACAACCUUCCGGCAGGAAAUGGAAAAGAUGACAAAGAAAAUUAAGAAACUGGAAAAAGAAACAAUAAUAUGGCGGACCAAAUGGGAAAACAAUAACAAGGCGCUUCUGCAGAUGGCUGAGGAGAAGACUGUCCGUGAUAAGGAAUACAAGGCCUUUCAAAUAAAACUGGAACGGUUAGAGAAGCUGUGCAGGGCUCUUCAAACGGAAAGGAAUGAGCUCAAUGAGAAGGUGGAGGUCCUGAAGGAGCAGGCCUCAGGGAGAGUGGCAGGUGCGGAUCUAGCACCUCCUGGGAUACAGCCGUGCGCUGCCCCGGCCUCUCCCGGGGAGCUGAACACUGCCUCCUUGAGUGCCCCCGGAGUCCCCCCGCAGGCUGCACACGAGGCCAUGUCUGCAGGCGCUGGGCUGAGCAUCGAGUCAGUUGACUGAGAUGAAGUGUGAGCACUGUAUUGAGAGCUAUAUUUUGUGUAUAAUUUUCUCUGUUAGUAGUAACUAUUGGUUUUGUGGUGAAAAUUUUCUUACUUUUUCUACCAUAUCUGUAUUUUCUUAGAACUACUGGACUUACGUGGUACAGGAGGCUGCUUAGCAGUUCUGAAUAGUUUUACUCAAUACAAAUUCCUCAGCUGUGUUGCACAUCUCACUGGAAUGCAUGUGGUCACUGCCUUGUCCUUGCUUCCCUACUCCUUGCACAGAAUUAUCCUAAUGAAAAUGUCACUCAAGACAGGGCCGACCAUUACAAGGGAACUUUGUUCUGAUAAUGGUUCCUUAAUGUGAAAACAAUAUUCAUGUAAAUGCCCUGGCCCCCCAUUAUUCAAACAAAGAAAAUAGCAAGAUGAUUAGUUUUGGCUAAUAGUCCAUUUAAAUGCCAGGUAAAAAUAAAACUCUAGGGUUGGGUCAGAAACAAGCAUAGCAUAUUUGAUUCAUAUUAGUUUUGAUAAUAUUUAUAUCACUUGACAAAUUGAGAUGGCUACAAGCCUUGAAUUCUCCAAGUUUUGGCAGAAUAUGUACAUAAAGGUGUCACUUGUAAGCAAAGGUAAAUCGUCGGACAAACAGGCUUAAUGUUCAUGUAACUAAAAACAGUCAUGCUGCUUUGGUUUCUGGUUGGUUAGUACCAGUGUGUGACUUUGGACCACCUGGAUGCUCACUGGGGAGUACGGUGGGUGGGUGGUUGUCGGUCUGGGAUUUGGGUGCAUGAGCCCCACUUCCCACGGGAAGCCGUCACCAAUAGGCUCUGUCAGUGCAAGACAGUGAGGGUCAGUUCAUGUGUGGCUUUCGCUAAGCAGAGAUCCCUCCACUACCUUCUGGCUUGAAAGUUGGUGUUCGCCUGUUCCGAGUCCCACCAGCCAAGUUCUCCAGGUUUUUUAAAAGGGAAUUUUAAUUAUGGAUCAUGCUAACUGAAACUGAUUUCAUUUCUAAAACAGAAAGAGUGGAACCAACAUCUUUGAUUUUGGGACAACUUGGCCGAGUUAAGUCGUCAGUAUCUAUUUCUUAUGCUUUCAGUCUUUUUUUCUUUUUUUUAAAGACAAAAACCAGUAUUAUGAAAGUCUCUACACUUGGAAUGGGGAAACGUUCACAGUUAAGCACAUCACUUUUGGAUUCGUUCUUGAACUUUCCUUUGUUCUUUAUAAUGUUGAAUGUGGCUAAGUUAUGCAAGUGGUUAUUAGGCUGCACUGAGGAAAGUUUUGACUUGCUCCCUGGUAUAAUUUGCAUUGAAAUACUUGAUGAAAUAAAAUGGCUCUAUUAGAAUUGAUGCUAACAUAUUCCACUGAGCAAAACUAUCAAACUGACACUUCUUAAAUUGCUUACUGGACUGAAUAAACUGUUCUGUCCAGUUAAAAGGGUUUUUUCUUUGUUAAAGUUUUAUUUGUAAAGUCCUGUCACAUUCAUGGUCUAAACUGGGGUGAAAGAAUUGAAAAUUGUCCAAUAGAUAGGAAACAGCGCCUGAAGUGGAGGAUUAUAUCUAAGCUUCCACCAUCGGUCAUGUUAAUCAAGGGGCCAGACAGUGGAGGAAAAGAAAUCCACAAAAUAGGUUAUCUAAUUACUGUGUCAAAAUGAGUUGGAAGCAAAAACAAACAUACCUUCCUUCCUCCAACAGCCUCUUAUAAAUACCCCCUUCUGCUACUAAGUGAAAUACUGGACUCAUUUCCCCGAGAGGAAAUGAAGGUAUAUAUCAAAAGUAUAAUCUACGUUAAAAUUAGUACUAAUGAUCACAUUUCACAAGAACUCUGCUGGAUGUAGAGCUCGUAACGUUUUAUUAAGCCAUCUGUGUAGCCCACCACGUUUCUUUGUGGUGCUUGUCCUGUGUGGAAGAUGAUAAAUCUUGGACCUGUUGCAUAUUUUCAAGGGCUUUAUAAAGCAAUGUUUAAGAUUAACAGUACUUGGCCUGCUGCUUUUGGCUUACUGUGUAUUUUUAGCUAGAUGCUAUCAUGGUGUUUAAUGGAUAUGGAUUCUGUCUGGGAUGCAUUUGGUGUCCUUUCAGAAUCUUUCCUCCCAUUACCCUGUGAAUGAAAACAAAUGGGACCCUCUGUGGACACCCUCCUAAAGCAAUCACCUCACCAGCCCAGUGUUGUGGCUUUGUAGCACGCCCUGUAUCUACCAUAUUCUAGAACACUGUAAUGCUACUAGGCUGGCCCAGAAAAGGUUUAAAUGUCGAAUUCACUUCAAUUGCAUUUGUUGCACCAUCAUGGAAUCUUGAUGUGUAUUAUUUAUAGUGGCAGUAGACUCCAGGAGUAGAGAAAACUUGGGUCUUGGAUAAUGGACCAUUUCAUCGUCAGACUUGUAGGAGUACAUUUCUUGGUCUUGAGACCAGUAUGUUUUAGUUACAUAUGCAACUGCCUUUAAUUACACCUGGUUAUCACAAUUCAAUUCUCAGGUGUUGCAGAAAAAUCUACCUCUUUCAGACUGUAGAUGGAAAUUACUGUGAAAAAAAAUGCAAAUAUCUUCUAGUUUGUGCUAAACACACUGCUUUAUUUUUACAGCCCGUCUUUCAUGAGGAUACGAAUUAAGAGGCAGUCUUGUUUUGCUUUUCAAAGACAUUUUGUAGAGAUUUUUCACUAAUGUGAAUCUGAUUUUAUCUACUCGAUUCUGUAUAGAUUAAGUAAAUAUGUAUGAUAAAUUUAA